CGCUUUCCAAGCGAGAGAGAUGUACGCUAACCACGUUGGAAGCCGGUUGGGGUAAAGCAAAGGUUCUACGACCGAGUUACAACCAGGAUUAAUGGAUCAGCGGUAUAGGCCAUGCGCGGGGAACUGGAGCUUCCGGGGAGCUAUAUAAGCUAGGGGAUCAUCCCUCCUGCUUUUUGGAGUUUUCCAUGUAGAUCAGACUCGGAUCGUCACAAUUCGUCACCUGUCAAUCAUGAAGAGUGCCCUUGUUAUUGCUAGCAUUGCCGCUUCGGCGCUGGCCCUCCCCUCAGACACCCAUGUCCUUCACCAGAAGCGCGAUGGUGUCCACGCUGUUGCGUUUACCAAGCGCGAGGCUGUUGCUGCCCAUGAGACCAUUCCCUUUGAGAUUGCCUUGAAGCAGAGAAACAUCCAGCUCGCUGAGGACACCCUCUAUGACAUCUCCAACCCCAAGUCCCGCAACUAUGGCAAGCACUUGUCCAAGGCCGAGGUUGUCAAGAUGUUUGCUGCUGACGAUGCCCAUAUUGACUCUGUCAAGAGAUGGCUCGUCGCUUCUGGCGUCGACGAGAAGGCCAUCGAGGUCAACCCUACCAAGACCUGGAUCCGUGUCGAUGCCCCUGCCCACAUUCUCGAGAGAGCGCUCAAGACAAAGUACCACGUCUACCGCAGCGUCCGCACCGGCAAGGACCACGUUGGUGCUGACCACUACAGCCUGCCCAACGACAUUGCCGACAAGAUUGACUUUGUCCGCCCUGGUGUCUCCAUGAUCAAGGCCCGCGCUGCCGACCCUCCCAAGAACAAGCCCAACGCCAUUAAGGAGCAGUUUGUCCAGCUCAACAGUGUGCAGCUCCAGGAGAUCCAGGAUUCCAUGAAGACUGGUGCCGCCAACGGCGCUGUUGCCCCUGCUUGUGCCAAGUACAUUACCCCCGACUGCAUUGCUGCUCUCUACAAGAUCCCCAAGGCCACAGAGUCUAACAGCACCAACUCCAUGGGUAUCUACGAGUCCCUUGGCGAUGUUUACUCCCAGGAGGAUCUCAACAACUUCUUCAAGAACUUUGCUCCUUGGAUUCCCCAGGGCACUGGUCCCAACUUGGACCUGAUUAACGGUGCCACCGCCCCCAACCCUCCCGAGUCUGCUGGCGGCGAGUCCAACCUCGACUUUGACAUGGCCUACCCCAUCAUCUACCCCCAGACCACCACUCUGUUCCAGGUUGCCACGGAUGCCUACUACAACAUCUUUGGUGACUGGCUCAGCGCCAUUGACCCCGACUACUGCUCCCAAGAUCCUCUUUACAACAAGCACAAGAUGUGCGGUACUUUUGAGCCCACCAACGUUGUGUCCAUCUCCUACGGUGGCCCGGAGGACCCUACCCACCCCAAGGAUGCUCACCGCGAAUGCAACGAGUUCAUGAAGCUUGGUCUCAUGGGCAUCAGCAUCGUCGUCGCCAGUGGUGACGCCGGUGUCACUGACCGUGCCGGCUACUGCCAGGGUCCUUACCACAACAUCUUUGUUGCCGAUGAUCUCUGUAGCUGCCCUUACAUCACUGCCGUUGGUUCCACUGUCCUGCACGACAUCACCAAGGCCGAGGUUGCCACCGACACCUUCUCGUCUGGCGGCGGCUUCUCCAACAUCUUCACCCGUCCCGCCUACCAGGAUGCCGUUGUCUCCAACUACCUUCUCCGUCACAACCCCGGCUACUUUGCCUACAACACCUCUGAGGGCAACAUUCCCCCCAACUCUGGCAUCUACAACCGUGGUGGCCGUGGCUUCCCUGAUGUCGCUGCUCUCGGUGACAACGGUGUCGUCGCUUCCAACGGCGGUUACUACCUUUCUGGCGGAACCUCCAUGUCUGCUCCCAUUGUCGCUGCCAUUCUGAACCGUGUCAACGAGAAGCGCCUCAGCCUCGGCAAGGGCCCUAUUGGCUUCGCCAACCCUGCGCUCUACGACAUGUACAACUACAAGGGCACCUACAACGACGUCACUGUCGGUGACCAGCGUCUUGGUGGCUACGGCAGCGACCGCUACCCCAGCGCCUGCGGUAACAAUGGCUUCUCUUGCGUUCCUGGCUGGGACCCCGUCACUGGCCUUGGCACUCCCGUCUACACCCAGUGGGAGGCCUACUUUGUCCAGCUGUAAAUACGUGGGGGAGUAAAUAUGAGAAACGAACAUACUACCAAACCAGAUGUGUUUAUGCAAACUUUAAUCUUUACAUACAUAAAUAUAUAGCAGAGUUUAUCGAAUAUAGUACGAUUUGAUUAAUCAACAAAAAUAUCCAACUUUUCUUUUUUGUGAUAGUUUGUAGGUACAUGACCUGAUUUGCGCAUCGGCCCACCAUGACGAAAAGGCUGAGCUGCCGCAACACCCGAUGAAUA